GGGAGCACUUAUGUCUUGAUCACAUGCGGUGAGAAUAAUCAACAUCCUAUAAGGUUGUACGAUGUGGCCCGCAAGUCGGGACAUGCUAUCGCCGAAACAACGCUCGAGCCAUCAGCCUCACAGGUCGCUACUUUUGAAGCCACAACAGCCACUUUCUCUUCUGAAGGUCGCCUCCUUGCGGUGGCACGCUCAGAUAAUGCCGUGCACAUGUACGACAUUCGCGCGCUAACCAAAGGACCCCUUGCCGCAUUCAGACAUGAGGAGUUAGAUGCAGUAGGUUCGACCGGGUAUGGCGCUGUUCAUGCAUGCUGGGUCGAGGGGCGGGAUCGGCGGCGAGUUGGCAUUGUCAGCGGGGGCAACGACGGGUGUGUGCGAGUAUGGGAUCCGUUGAUUGCCUCGUCGGACAAGUCCCAGGGUAAAGUGCUAGCGCGCACAGAAUUCGAUGUCGCAUACUUUUCCAUGGGUGAUAUGUGGAUGGGAGAGAAACCGCUCGUUCUUGGCCAUUGUGGUGGAGGUCUCUAUGUUUAUGACCGCUUGGAUGCUGACGGCCUACCGAUAUGUUGA